UCCCUCAUCCUACUGCUGUCUUCUUCCAGGUCUUGUGACUCUACUGUAUUAUUUCAACAUGAACGCUACUCUGAAGUUUACACUACUGUUGCUGGCUUUUGGCUUUAGCCAGGGGCUGCAGCCCAACUACAUCGAGGAGAUCGAGGAAGAGGCUGAGCUCGUAGCACAAGAUUCAAAAUACGGUUCUCUGUGGCCUCUGCCGCAGAAAGUGCAAAUCUCAGAGGUGUCAUUCAAGUUGACCAGCUUCAGGAUUGUUGAUGCUAAACAGUCCUCCGCCGGCGCGAGCUGUAGCGUCCUGCAGGAUGCGUACAGGAGGUAUUAUGCAUACAUGUUUGGCAGUGCUAAAAAGCAGGGCCUGAACAAAAGCAGGCGAACAGGUCCAUCUGAGCUGACAGAGCUGCAGGUGUGGAUCACAUCACCUGACUCUGAAUGUGACAAUUUCCCCAGUGUGACUUCUGACGAGUCAUAUGAACUGUCAGUCAAUCAGCCAUACGCUGUCCUGAAAGCACCAACGGUCUGGGGAGCCCUGCAUGGUCUGGAAACUUUCAGCCAGUUGGUAUUUGAAGAUGAAUAUGGAGCUAAAAGCAUCAAUUCAACGACAAUCAGUGACUUCCCCAGAUUUGCACAUAGAGGCAUCUUACUGGACAGCUCUCGGCAUUUCCUGCCCAUUAAAGUUAUCUUGGCUAAUCUGGAAACAAUGGCAAUGAACAAAUUUAAUGUAUUCCACUGGCACAUUGUAGAUGAUCAAUCCUUCCCUUACCUGAGCCGAACAUUCCCACAGCUGAGCCAGCAGGGAGCUUACCACCCGUACACACAUGCGUAUACACCUGCUGAUGUAAAGAUGGUGAUUGAGUUCGCCCGUCUGAGAGGCAUUCGUGUUAUCCCAGAGUUCGACACUCCGGGACACACACAGUCUUGGGGCAAAGGCCAGGCAGAUCUGCUCACACCCUGUUACUCUGGCUCCAAACCCUCUGGCACCUUUGGACCAGUGAACCCCAUCCUGAAUACCACGUAUGACUUCAUGAGCCAGUUCUUUAAGGAGAUCAGCACAGUGUUUCCCGAUGCCUAUGUUCAUCUGGGAGGCGAUGAGGUGGACUUCAGCUGCUGGAAGUCCAACCCAGCCAUUCAAAAGUUCAUGGAUCAGCAAGGCUUCGGAGAAGACUACACCAAACUGGAAUCAUUCUAUAUACAAAAACUCUUGGAUAUCGUCACCACCACCAAGAAAGGCUACAUUAUCUGGCAGGAGGUCUUUGACAAUGGUGUUAAGCUGAAACCAGACACACUUAUCCACGUUUGGAAAGGAAACCAGCAGCAAUACCAGAAUGAGAUGGCAAAAGUUACAUCAUCAGGGUACCAGACCCUGCUGUCUACUCCCUGGUACCUGAACCGUAUCACCUACGGCCAGGACUGGCAGGGCCAUUAUAAGGCCGACCCACAGGAUUUCAAUGGAACUGAAGAACAAAAAAAGCUUGUGAUUGGUGGAGAAGCCUGUUUAUGGGGAGAGUUUGUGGAUGCUACCAACCUGACACCCAGACUCUGGCCUCGUGCAAGUGCUGUUGCAGAGCGGCUGUGGAGUGCCAAGAAUGUGACGGAUAUCGGCGAUGCCUACAACAGACUGUCUAUGCACCGCUGUCGUAUGGUGGAGCGCGGCAUCCCAGCUGAGCCAUUGUUUUCCAGCUACUGUCGCCAUGAGUACAAAGGUAUCUGAAAGCAACUGAAGGGUUGGCCAAGGGAACAAAAAAGGGAAAAGAAAGCAAAUCCAUAUACUAUUCACUUCCUGGUUGUAUUUUAAACUGAGAAACCAAAUGCUAAACUGCCUUUUUAGAUGUCACUUGUAAUGAUGCUCUGAAAUUCAUCAUCCUUUUUUCAAUCUGCUCUUCAGAACUGUUGAUCACAUCUACUGUCAUAAACAUGUUGAUUUUAUGAAUGCAUUCUGUUUUUUAUUGAUUGUGAAUAAAAUGUUGACAUUUUAGUUGUUA